GACAAGACAAGACAAGUGGUGGUGUGCCAAUCGAAGGACUAGAGUUCCAACCGAGAGUUACUAAAACGUUACUUCGUGUUCCGGGUGCCGGUAGAGGUCCGAAACCUAGGCCAACCGAUCGCUUUGUGAGGUUUAGCACAAACUGUACCAGUUCUGCCACUGACCUGGUUAACUUGCUGGUGGUGAUCGAUGAAUAACCGAGUGAGGAACGAUUGUUUUGCCAAAAGGAAGUGUUACUGAAUGCCGGUCAGUUGAAGCCGGACAGUGACGAUUACCGAAAGUGAGUGCAGUGCCGCAAACAGACCGACGGAGAGAGUUACAAGUGCAACCUAGUGGAAGAACUUGAAGCCAUUCUUUGCAAGAUUUAAAAUACCCGUAAAGGUCACGCGGGGAAAAGUUGAACAUGAUUACACAUUGGACGCUGGUGCUGGUGCUGGUGGUGGGGUUGGUGUUGGGCCCGUACCGUGCGCUCGGCCGCCCAACGGAACCGGAAGCCGGAGCCCGGGCGGAGGAAAUUUACAGCGAGCUGGCCGAAGAGUUUCGCCAGCUGCACAACCAGGAGCUACGCCUGCUGCAGUAUCUGUCCGUGCAGGCCGAACGCCAGCAGCAUGAGGAAGCCUUCCUGCAGCGACAACGUGAGCAGCAGCAACAGCAGCAACAACGGCAGCAACUGCUCCACGAGGCCCGUAACUCACUGCUCGAAGAAGGAUCCCUGUUGGACGACAUUCCAACCGAUCUUUCGGGUGGACUAACGGUGAACAGUGGUGGUGGUGGAGGCGCCGGUGAUGCAUCCGUCAUCAGUGGCCGCAAUCUCAACAGCUACGGAGCUGACCUCGCGGUGCAGACCGAACCGACGCAAAGGGAGACCACCCAUCAGAAGAGGCAAAACGAGAAGAGAAAUAAUCACUACAUGUCCUUAUGCCACUUUAAGCUUUGCAACAUGGGACGUAAGCGCAAUCAACGAUUUCCUCAAUUCUGGAACUAAACGGCAACACUAAGCUGAACGUCGGGACAAUGACACACCUCGUCCACUUACUACACAGAAUCACGGUAUAGGACAAAAGAUAUGGCGGCACGAGUUAGGA